CACCGGAGAGUUGACAGGAACAACAUCACUGCUCUGAGCUCACAUUAUUUAUGGAUUGCCUCAGUUAACAAGAAAAGCCUCAGUUUAUAUUGCCAGUGAAUGACAGUGAAUCCAAAAACAUCAGGUCUUACAACAACGAGAUCUACCAUCUGUGACUUUCAAUAUGCUGGCCUUUUGGACUUGAACAGCUUGAUGACAAGUUAAGAGGCUGCUGUGUCUGACAGAGCUCGGAUCUACAGAAAGGCAGAGAUGGGAAACACAGCGACAAAGUUCCGUAAAGCUCUCAUCAAUGGAGAUGAGAUGCUGGCCUGCCAACUGUAUGAAAGCAACCCGCAGUUCAAGGAGGCUCUGGAUCCCAACUCUACAUACGGAGAGUCCUACCAGCACAACACUCCACUGCACUAUGCUGCUCGGCAUGGCAUGACACGCCUACUCAGGUAUUUUCUCCUCAAUAAAGAUGGCAAUCCAAAUAAGCGUAAUGUGCACAACGAGACAUCGCUGCACCUUCUCUGCAUGGGGCCCCGGAUCCUGACCUCAGAGGGGGCACUGCAUCCCCGGAUCUCGCGGCCAUAUGAAGACAAACAGCGUCGGGCAGAAUGUCUACAAAUUAUCCUGGCAUGGACCGGAGCAAAGCUGGAUCAUGGAGAGUAUGAGUGUGCUGAUGUGAAUGCCACCGACAACAAGAAAAACACCUGCCUGCACUAUGCUGCUGCCUCAGGCAUGAAGAAUUGUGUUGAGUUCCUUGUGCAGAGAGAAGCGGACCUGUUUGCGGAGAAUGAAAACCGCGAGACUCCAUGUGACUGUGCAGAGAAGCAGCACCACAAGGAUCUGGCCUUGUGCCUGGAGUCACAGAUGGUCUUCUCCCUUGCCCCCGAGGCUGAGGGUAUAGAGGCAGAGUAUGCAGCCCUCGACCGGAGAGAGCUGUAUGAGGGCCUGCGGCCUCAGGAUCUUCGGAGGUUGAAGGACAUGCUGAUAGUGGAGACAGCCGACAUGCUGCAGGCCCCUCUCUUCACUGCAGAGGGGCUGCUACGUGCCCAUGAUUGGGACAGAGAGAAACUCUUAGAGGCCUGGAUGUCGAAUGCGGAGGAAUGCUGCCAACGCUCAGGGGUCCAGAUGCCAAACCCGCCUCCAAGUGGCUACAAUGCCUGGGACACCUUGCCCUCGCCCCGGACACCACGCACCACCCGCUCCUCCAUCACCUCCCCUGACCAAAUCAGCCUCAUGCCUGCCGACGAGGAGUCCUCCCUGUGCGGCAUCUGCUUGUCUUCCGUCUCAGUCUUUGAAGAACCCGUCGACAUGUCCUGUGGCCACGAGUUCUGCAGAGCAUGCUGGGAAGGGUUUCUAAAUCUAAAAAUCCAAGAGGGUGAAGCUCACAACAUCUUCUGCCCAGCCUUUGAUUGCUACCAGCUAGUGCCUGUGGAAGUCAUUGAGAGUGUGGUGUCUAGAGAGAUGGACAAGCGCUACCUCCUGUUUGACAUCAAGGCAUUUGUAGAGAACAAUCCAGCAAUCCGCUGGUGUCCCCAGGCCGGAUGUGAAAGAGCGGUGAGACUGAACACUCAGGGCCCUGGGACCUCCACCUCAGACUCUCUCAGUUUUCCCCUCCUUCGGGCUCCUGCUGUGGACUGUGGAAAAGGGCACCUCUUCUGUUGGGAGUGUCAAGGUGAGGCCCAUGAGCCCUGUGACUGUGAGACCUGGAAGAUGUGGUUACAGAAAGUCAAUGAGAUGAGACCUGAAGAAUUGGCUGGUGUGACCGAAGCGUAUGAGGACGCAGCCAACUGCUUGUGGAUGCUCUCAAACGCUAAACCCUGCGCCAACUGUAAAUCCCCAAUUCAGAAAAACGAGGGCUGCAACCACAUGCAGUGUGCUAAGUGUAAGUAUGACUUCUGCUGGAUCUGUCUGGAGGAGUGGAAGAAGCACAGCUCGUCAACAGGAGGCUAUUACCGCUGCACCCGCUACGAGGUCAUCCAGCAGGUGGAGGAGCAGUCAAAGGAGAUGACUGAAGAGGCAGAGAAGAAGCACAAGAGCUUUCAGGAACUGGACCGUUUUAUGCACUACUACACACGCUUCAAGAACCAUGAGCACAGCUAUCAGCUGGAGCAGCGCCUGUUAAAAACAGCCAAAGAGAAGAUGGAGCAGCUCAGUCGAGCUCUGAGUGGAAGGGAAGGAGGCCCACCUGACACUACAUUCAUUGAAGACGCAGUCCUAGAACUUCUGAAGACUCGCCGCAUCCUCAAGUGCUCUUAUCCUUAUGGGUUCUUUCUGGAGCCCAAAAGCACAAAGAAAGAGAUCUACGAGCUUAUGCAGACGGACUUGGAAAUGGUGACUGAGGACCUUGCGCAAAAGGUUAAUCGGCCUUAUCUACGGACGCCACGCCACAAAAUAAUCCGUGCGGCGUGUCUGGUGCAGCAGAAGAGGCAGGAGUUCCUGGCAUCAGUAGCCCGAGGAGUGGCCCCUAACGACUCUCCUGAGGCCCCCAGGCGCAGUUUUGCAGGCGGGACGUGGGACUGGGAGUAUUUAGGCUUCGCAUCACCUGAGGAGUAUGCAGAGUUCCAGUACAGACGGAGACAUAGGCAGCGGAGACGGGGUGACAUGUCCAGUCUCCGUAGCAACACACCUGACCCCGAUGACCCCAGCGACAGCACUUCAGACACACAGGACAUUGGAGUUGGGCGGAGACACGGUCCUCUGAUGGGUCUGGGUUCUCUGGAUGAUGAUGACCCUAACAUUCUUCUGGCCAUUCAGCUCUCCCUCCAGGAGUCGGGGAUGGCAGGGAACGGAUCAAACCUUGACGUUCUUUCCCAUGAAGCCUCACUUGGUGCUAUUGGCACCUCCCUGCCGUCUAGACUUGAACAGAGUGCUUCAGGUGUAGACGUACUCCCUAGAGCUUCUCUCAGCAGCUCAGAACUGCUGGAGCUGGGAGAUAACUUAGCCAGACUAGGCAACAUCAACAUCAGCAGCCAGUACUCUGCUGGUGUUCACACCUCUGUGCAGCACUGUGACACUCACCACCGGGCCUACAGGGCCUCUGUGCCCAUACCCGUGGGUCCAGGCGGCAGCAACUCAUCCACAGGCCUCUUCUCCUCUUCCAGUGACACAUUAGACUCGACCACAUGUGGCAGCCACGAUCCUUCCUCCUCCUCUGCUUUAGCAGCAAAUGCUAACCUGCUGGGCAACAUCAUGGCCUGGUUCCAUGACAUGAAUCCUCAAGGCAUCACCCUUGCCACCCCCUCCUCCUCUGACACUGACUCAAUCCUCGGCACACUCCAUGCAGGCGGGAGUGGGGCGUGCCUGCAAGAUGAAGAGAAAACCGGAAUUGAUCCGUCUGAAAGCAGGAAACCUCAGGAAUUGCUGUCAGACGUGGUUUUCCGCUCUCAGAGACGGAGCGACGUGGAGGAGAAGGAGUGUGUCGUCGCUGAGAGGCCGACACAGUUAGAUCUGGUGGGCCUGGACACCACGGCACUACCUUACAUGGCCAACCUGGAUGCGAGUGGAGGCCAAGUGGAGCGGAGCUCAAAGGUGUGCCACGUCGACACUCCACAGUGUGACUCUGACCACAUGCCCAGCAGCAGCUCCUCUGAGUGGGAGGAGCAAAUACACUUGGUUUGAAUUGUUUGGGAGAAGCUUCUUUUUUCUUUUUUUUUGAAAGGCCAAAAAAAACCCACUAUAGAUGACAAGUAGAGGAAUUGUGUUGUAGCUAUUAAGGUGGAAUGUAAACAGAAUGAAGAAUGUGUUUGUUGGAAAGUCGGGGGGAGAAGAAUUUAGACUCUAGCAUUGCAAUUAGAUUGGCUUCCUCUUUUCACUGUAUUGUAGGCCCUCCUGAAAGAAAGCACUAACUGAAUGAGAGAUAACAGUUUUGAAGGAUAUUCUCUAUUGAUUCAGUGAUUGCUAAUAGAUAUCUAAAGAAGUAGCUUUUUCUGAACUAAUUUUUAAGGCAGAUUUAGAGACUGAGUAGUGCACGUAUAAUAUUUUUUCCACUGGAGUUAAAGCCUACUGUAUGUGAAAUAAUCAGGUCUGAUGGAGGUUUUUCAUCUGUGCAUACAAGCAGAAUACUGUUGUGCUCUAACAUUGAACCUGUGGGGUACAGGCUGGGAAGUACUUCUCACCCCUGUCCAUUCAUGCCUACUUUAAAGGUGCCAAACACUGACUAGCAAAAGCACAAUUUGUAGUCACCCAGUGGAUCCUUCAAAGCAAAUUGUGCCUGCUUAUUACAAUCUCAACGACUCAGCUGAACUUCAAUGUGAAAGUCUCGAGCCAUAUUCUUAUUUGAGAUUGCGGCUGAGUGGUAUUGUCAAAUCUAAAAGCUGUAGUGUGCUGUGUAAAUCUGUGGUUCAGGACCACGAUGGUUGUGUUCUUUAUUAUGUGAAACAUUCUCACCGAACAAUUGAGAUUAAUUAUUCAAACGAAAAAGCUGGUGGCCUGCCUGAAAACAUUUCAAAAUUGACUUGACAAUGUUUUUUAUUACUAUCUCAAGGCCUCAAUCCGAACUCACCUCUGAAGGGAAAUGUCUCUUGAUCGUCAGAAACAAGGAGCGCUGACAGGCCCAUAGGGGCUGCUCAGUGUCAACCAGUUCACUCCAUCCUGAAUCCCACUUUAGCUUCAUGUUUUAAAUGAAUGGUUAAAUACUGCAGCUGGAUGUGAGUGUGACAGACCAGGAGACAGUGAGCAGUCUGGUUUGUAUACAGCAGAAAAUGCCGCUAAAGGAGAUAAUCAAGCAAUCCCUUUCAGACUUGUGUGAGUCACUGUCAUUUAUCUCUGGGUCUUACUUAAGUGUAAUAUAAGCAAAGCCUUCGUUAAGCCCUGCAGGGGAGUGCGUAGAGAAUUCAUAAUUGUGAAUUGCAUCUCGAACGGGGGGGGGGGGGGGGGUUGUUGUGUCUUUGUAACAGUUCUCUACAUAGUUAGAGAAAUAGUGCCUUUACUGUAUGUCAAUCACCAUUAUCCUUUUUCUUUUCACACGUUUCUCAGUGAUAACUACACAGUAUUUACAGUGUAAACUAAACAAACACCUAUUACCUUAAAAUUAUUUCUCUCAUAUAGUGUGCAAACACAAGAUAUUGAUUGUUUUCCAUCUCAAGUAAUUGUAGCAUGAGGCUUUUUGUUGGUUCUAGUAGUAUUAUGUGAUGGAUAACACUGAAGUUAUUGUUAUUGUAGCCCUUCUAAUCAUGUUCCCAAAACACUUUAAAACAUUUUUUUUAUUCCUGCCCUACAUUUUGAAACAGUUGUUUUUUUUAAAUCACUCUAUUGACAUUGGAAAGAAUUCACCUGCUCUUUGUAUACUGUGUAUUUGGCCUAAAGACACUAAAAUUGAGGAAAGCUGCAAUACAAAAUAGAUAUUUAUUUAAAAUGAGAUCCAUUCAAGAAAGUGGAUUGUGAAUGACCAAUAUGAAAUGAAACACACUGAUCAGUGUUUGACUGUUGUGAAUUAACUUUAUCUGUACAGACUGAUGUCUGAACUAAAUUACCCUUUUUUUUUUUUUUUCUCCGGGCACACAUUGAGCCACAUUAAACCUGAAGACUGAUUGCUUUGAAAGUGUCUUAAAGUUGUCAAACUGUGUGCCAUAGUGUUAGUGGAGCUGACUCUGCUGGUGAAUGUUAGUGGGUUAAACAGAGGAGGUAACCUGUGCAUGAAAAGGGUUCAAGACUUCAUGGAAUUUGUACUUGUUUUGUUAUACACCUCUCAUGUCCAGGGGAUUUAUUUUAAAACUACAUUAAACAUUUUGUAACUCAUCGAGGUUUUCUAUUGUAAAGCAACUAAUCCUUGAAAUGCUAUUUGCACUUUCAUAGUCUAUACUUGAUACAUUCCCUCUUUAUAUGAAAACUGUUUGAUGUGCGAUGCCAAUAAACUGAGUUGAGUUUAAA